GUAACGGCUUGGGCCCUGAAAGCUGAGCGUUGUUGAGGGGAGGGUUCAUUCAGGUUUGCCAUUCGCUGUGUCCCGCCGCUGAGGGAAUUAUGGCCGAAAAGAAGGCCUCCCCAGGCGGCGGCAGGCGUGGCCGCGGCGGCCGGGGGCGUGAGGGGGAAGGGGCCCUCGGAACUCAGACUCCCCCUUCCCUGACCCCAGUGGAGAUGUCCCACCAAGGCAGCACCUCUAGCAGCUCACGCGAGUCCUCCCACUCUCAGUCGCAGACCGCCUCCCAACCCGUUUCCGCAGCUCACACGAGCUGGUCCACUGAGGAGCUGUUUGGUUCCUUUAGUUCCAUCAACCUCUCUGAGCUCAGUGAUUAUCCUGGCCAAAGGAAUGAUCCCAACUCAAAGUCUUGUUCCAGGGACUUAAACGUCCCCGGGCAGAGCGACCAGGUCCCCAUACCUGCUUUGGACUCGUCCCACCUUAGCUCGGUCUCCCAGCACCUAUCUGUACUAGAAUCCUUCCCACUCCCGGAUUCAUCCCUUUCUUUUGGGCAAAGGUCCUCGGUGACUUUUGGGCAAGUGUCUUCGGUGCUUUCUAGACCUAGCACUUCUCUAGAGUCAGAACUUGGGUCUACCCAUGUCUCAGUGUUCAGCACUCCCCGAGGGUCGGUAGAGGAGCCCACUCCACCCUCAUUGUCUAGCUACAACUGGGGAUUACCACUAGAACUUCCCGAACAAAGUAACACGUCCCUGACUUCCAUACAACUACCCGACACUCCAGAAAAUAUCCCACUGGUGUCUGCAGAAGACUCCUCCAUGCACUCUCUGUCCGUUUCUUCUUGGUUAUCCACACCAUCACCUUCUGCACCCAGUUUCCCUUCCCAGCUGCCAGUACAAAGCUCACUACUUAGGUCCCCACCUCCCCCACUGUAUAACCCCCUAGGCUCGAUGCAGGGACCUCCUCCUCCAGUGCCUUUUCUAGGGCCAUCCGUGCCCAGUGUGUGGGGCUCUCCCUGGGUUUCUCAGCUAGGAUCAGCCCCGCCCCUGAGCGCCCCCCUUGUCGUUGCACAAGGGCCUGCUCCGCCCUCAGGGCCGGGCUCCCCCCGGGUAUGGGUAGAAAGAUCGGCUCCGCCCCUGGACACUAGGCUAGGGGCCGUACAAGGGUCUGUUCCACUCUGGGCGGUCCCCUCUUUUAAACGCGAGUCUUCGGAGAAUCUCACCCAAACCAUGACGAGUCUGGAGAAGUCGAAUAUCGCAGGCCACAUGUUCGACGUAGUCGUGAUUGGAGGCGGCAUCUCAGGAUUGGCUGCUGCCAAACUCUUGUCUGAAUAUAAAAUUAAUGUCUUGGUUUUGGAAGCUCGUGAUAGAGUUGGAGGAAGAACAUAUACUGUGAGGAAUGAGCAUGUUAAAUGGGUAGAUGUUGGAGGAGCCUAUGUGGGACCAACCCAGAACAGAAUUUUACGCUUGUCUAAAGAGCUAGGCAUAGAGACUUAUAAAGUGAAUGUCAAAGAGCGUCUAGUUCAAUAUGUCAAGGGGAAAACUUACCCAUUUCGUGGUGCGUUUCCACCUGUGUGGAAUCCCUUGGCAUAUUUGGAUUAUAACAAUCUGUGGAGGACAAUGGAUGAAAUGGGAAAAGAGAUCCCUGUUGAUGCACCAUGGCAAGCAAGACAUGCUGAGGAAUGGGACAAGAUGACCAUGAAAGAUCUCAUUGAUAAAAUCUGCUGGACAAAAACUGCUCGGGAAUUUGCUUCUCUUUUUGUGAACAUCAAUGUGACUUCUGAGCCUCAUGAGGUAUCCGCCCUGUGGUUCUUAUGGUAUGUGAAGCAGUGUGGUGGCACCACUCGGAUAUUCUCAGUCACCAAUGGAGGCCAGGAACGGAAAUUUGUAGGUGGAGCUGGCCAAGUAAGUGAAAAGAUGAUGGAUCUUCUUGGGGAUAAAGUGAAACUGAACUCUCCUGUUACUUAUAUUGACCAAACAGAUGACAACAUCAUUGUAGAGACACUGAAUCAUGAACACUAUGAGUGUAAAUAUGUAAUUAGUGCCAUUCCACCAACUUUGACUGCCAAGAUACACUUCAAGCCAGAGCUUCCACCUGAGAGAACCCAGUUAAUUCAGCGUAUUCCGAUGGGGGCUGUCAUUAAGUGCAUGGUAUAUUACAAGGAAGCCUUCUGGAAGAAAAAGGACUAUUGUGGAUGCAUGAUAAUUGAAGAUGAGGACGCACCAAUUGCAAUCACUCUGGAUGACACCAAACCGGAUGGAUCAGUGCCUGCCAUCAUGGGCUUCAUACUUGCCCGGAAAGCUGAUCGACUUGCUAAACUACAUAAAGAAAUAAGGAAGAGGAAAAUCUGUGAGCUCUAUGCCAAAGUACUGGGAUCUCAAGAAGCUUUACAUCCAGUCCAUUAUGAAGAGAAGAACUGGUGUGAAGAGCAGUACUCCGGAGGUUGCUACACAGCCUACUUCCCUCCCGGCAUCAUGACCCAGUAUGGAAGGGUGAUUCGCCAGCCAGUGGGCAGAAUUUACUUUGCAGGCACAGAGACAGCUACACAGUGGAGUGGCUACAUGGAAGGAGCAGUCCAAGCUGGAGAACGAGCAGCUAGAGAGGUCUUGAAUGCUCUAGGAAAAGUUGCCAAGAAAGACAUAUGGGUUCAAGAGCCUGACUCUAAGGAUGUUCCAGCAUUUGAAAUAACCCACACCUUCUUGGAGAGGAACCUGCCUUCCGUGCCUGGUCUACUAAAGAUCACUGGUUUUUCCACCUCUGUGGCUCUUCUCUGCUUUGUAUUGUACAAGUUUAAACUGCUGCCGUGAUCCUGAAUUUUUUCACCCUCAGGCCUCCUGCUUGAUCAUCCUUAGCACCAUCACUAUCAAAAAGAAAAUGUGGGUGAAUUACAGCCUGUGUCACUGGGCCAUUUAAGUGCACUUGAUUUAACCCUCCUCAGUUUAAUCUCAGUCUUUGUAAAGUGAUAACAAUCCAAAGAAUCACCUAGCUAAUUUUAGUAAGAUUAAGUUUCAUUCUGUUUAUUACACUAAUUUGUGUUUGCUGGUAGAAUAAAAUCCUGUGAGUAUUUGAUUUCAAAAAGGUGAAAUACUUGUGAGGAAUAAUUUCUGGGUUCUGUUUUUCUUGCCUUUAACGCGAAAUAGUUGAUGGUUUCAGAAAUAAAACAUUUGACUUAUUGUGAUUUUCAUGUAGCUACCCAAAUGUGCAGAAUAAAAUGGUGGCUGAAAUGUUCUCUAGGUAUCCUCACUGACCAGUUCCAUAUGAGACAAACUACAAUAGGUACUUUCUUUUCUGGACUGUAUCUAAAUAUGAAUUGGCCCUUGUAAGUAACAUUCUGUGCUGAUUUAAAGAAAGUAGCAUUUUUUCAUAGAAUUGGAUCCCUAAACCACCUGUGUCUUCAAUGUGGUUAAAUAUUAGUAUGCCAUUUUCUCUCAAGUACCAAAGGACACAUAAAAUUUUCUCUAUUGUUAUUUAUUGAGACAGGCAAAUACAGAAAUAAAAUUAAGGCUCAAUCUGAUAACAUUACUUGUUUUAAUUAUUAGGUUUUAUGACAACCAUUAAAUUAAAUGAUUUUAUAUACCCAGACUGAGUUCUUGAUCUUAGAAGUAUUGUGAGCCUGGAAUGGUACCUAUCUAUUCUCUUUUCCAUUUGAAAAAAAAAAAACCUGUCAAUUAAAAGAAAAAAAAACACUUUCCAAAGGUUUCAACCACAAAGCCCUUCCUCUUUUAAAAAAAUAUAAACAUAUUUUUUAUUUAAGAAAAAUUAAAAGAUUGCUAGCACAUGCCAGUCAACCCAAGUUUAUUACACUAGAUUUGUCCUAAAUACAAACUUAAGCCUCUGGAUAAUGAUAUGAGAACUUGAGAUCUUUAAAGUUUUGCCCAUUCUAAGAGCAAAGAUCUAGUUUUUCUGCCCUGCUUUAUCUUGUAAUUCAAAGCAUUUUAACUAACUUAAAAGAUUCAGUGAUGUCUUAUACUCCAGUACAUAAGGAGUUGCCUGGAUUCAUAUCAAACUGCAGUGAGAAUUCUCAUCACUAAUCUGUUAGAGUUGUGUGUAUUAACUUACUGAUUAACUCAGCCCUGACACACCUUGAGAAAUGAUUUAAACAGCUGAACUGGCAAUGGUUCUAACGGUAUUCAGAUUAUUAGCAUUGAACUAUUGAACGCUGAAAAUCUCCUGAGUUUGCAGUUUACCCUCUUCUGCUUCUUAGAAAUCCAAUUAAUCCAUCCUAAUUAUAUCAAUCCUAUUAAGCUACAGCUUGGGUAUUAAAAUGAUUUCUAGUACAGAUGUGCUUUGAUAUGUAAUGAGAGUUGAGAAACACCAUACGUGAGGUUGUCUACCACAAAGAUAGAUCAUAGAUCUUUUUUCUAUGACAGAGAAAAAAAAAGUCAUUUUAAGAGGUUGAUAAUCCUAAUCCCCUUCACAGCUCUGAAUACCAGUUGGCCUUUUUAAUAGUUAGGAUGAGAAUUAGAUAUAAGAAGUAUACCUUUUUGUCACAGCUGUUAAAUAUGGACUCAUUAUGAUGAAAAAAGUUAAACUUUACUGAAAGACCGUGAACUUUAUUUUGCUUGAUGGUUGUGAACUUGGUGCCCAAUGUUCCAUGUCCAAAGUUGGCCCCAGUGCUACAUGUGAGUGUUUGUCUAUGUAUAUGAUUUGACACUGAAGUAAGAUUUUGUCUGUAUGGUACUGGGUUUUGUUGUUAAUAAAAUUUGAUGCCACCUUCA